AUGAGUUCGCUUUACUUCGCCAACGCGUUGUUUUCCAAAUACCAACAAGCUGCGGCGAGCUGCCCCGCUCUGCUCUUCACAGACUCUCCAACUUCUCCCUCCACGUCUUCCUCUGCUUCUCCUGCCGGGUCUUCUUCGUGCGCCCUCGUGUCCAGCGGAUACCACCAUCAUGUCUCCAGUGGGAGAGGCGUCGGAGCUCUCCCUUUCCCUCCCUCCUCCUCUACUACUUCUUCUUCUCCUUCCUCCUCCUCCUUUCCCUCCUCCUCUUCUUCCUCAUCGUUCCGUUUGUCUCUUUCGGGACUGAACGGGAGCAGCGGGGAUACUCAGCCCGGCUCGCAUCAUUUCAACCCCGCAGAAGUAUGCACAGGAGGGGCUUACAGCGCGCAUGGAGCCGGGCCGCUGUGCUCUUCUCUGCAGGGAUGCGCCGCGGAGAGGUACCCCGGAGAAUCUCAGCUGUGCUCUCUGGCUGCCAGGCUCCCAGAGCCGGCCUGCAGGAGGCAGAGUAGCCCGGAACAACGGCGACAGCUAAACGAAGAGAGGCUACGGAUAUACCCUUGGAUGAGAAGCUCAGGUGCCGAGAAGCGUCGCGGCCGCCAGACGUACACGCGCCACCAGACGCUGGAGCUGGAGAAGGAGUUCCACUUCAACCGUUACCUCACAAGGAGGAGGAGGAUAGAGGUAGCACACCUGCUCUGUCUGACUGAACGGCAAAUCAAGAUUUGGUUCCAGAACCGGAGGAUGAAGUAUAAGAAGGAGAACCGGGUGACGGAGAGCGGCCUCCCAACGACGGCCUUACCCACUGCUGAAGAAGAAGAGGAGGAAGAGGAGGAUGAGUGACAAUCACUCUAACGUAUACUGUAACUUUUAAGAUGAGAAACUGUAAAAUCAACAUUAAAGGUGUUUUAGCUCUUA